CAACCGGGAAAGUGACCUUGACCGGUCAAUAUUUUCUCUUCUCGCUUAGCGAUAAGAAUAUUUUGAAACGAGUAUGUGCCUCUGGUUUUAGUUGUCGUAAUUACCUAUGUCGAAAUGCUUCGAAGAAAAAUCAAUUAGCGAGUAUUACCGACAAAUAAAACCGUCACAGCAGUUUUCAAUGAACUGCGAUCGGCUUUGUCUGAUAACAGAUCGUGUUUUGGUGUGUACGCAGCAUGAAUUCAUAACUUGAUCAUUGUUAACGCAUAGCACCGCGAGAGUGCGCAUUAUUCAGUGAAAAAAAAUGGUGGUUAUUUGGGUGUAGUCGGGCGAUUUUCUGCAACACAAAUGUGAGUACCGGCUGACUAAUGAAUUACGAGUGCUGUUUGUCAGUGCGUCGCGAAGCUAAUAUGACUGUGUCCAUAACGGAGGUAAUAAAACUGUCGAUAACUGAACGAAUAAUCCGCAUAUACGCACGAAACCGCGACACUAUGUAGGUAUUGUUGUUUCACGCAUCUCCGCAUGACAAGUACCUUGCGGUCUUCUCGAUGCAUUUUAUCAGUAAAAAAUCUGGGAUAGGCUCGUGACGUUCUUAAAGGAUGAAGAGAUUUGAAUCUAUUCGUACGGCUGGAAGCCUAUUGCCGUGGGACAAUGUGUAAAAUAUGUACUGACGCGAUAUUUUUGGGAUAGAUGUCACAUUAUCUUGGUGUCUGGCUAUAUGCGCGCGUACGAAUGUGUGCAUUUAUUUGAUUUACGGUUAUAUGUGUGUGGUACUUCCUCUUCACCCCGUAAUACGCAGUCGUUCCUGUGUACAGCAUGCAGUGCAACGAUGUGUCCGUGAGAUACGUAUAUCACGGUAUAUACGUAAGACCUGCUACUUGCUAUAUACUGUCAACAUUUUUCAAGUGACUGUUCCAUGAUGCUUGACAACAUACUGCGUUAUUGACGAAAAUCACUCGACUUGUUUGGUAUUAAAUAUUUAUUAAGAAGUUGAGAUAACAGAGUAUAUACAAUAAACAAAGAAGAACAAAUUUGUAAUGAACAAAAGAAUCAUAAACUCUGUAUGCUAUAAAUACAUUCAGUAUGUUAUAGUUAGAGGAACGAUCUUAAUAAAAGACAUGAGCUAUUUCCCUAAAAAGUAAUAUGACGGUAAAAGUUUGCAUUAAAUUUCUAAGAAAGCCAAUUUGAAGGGAAAACUAUUUAGUAAACGAAUAAAUUUUAUAAAGUGAGCUCAUUCGUAAGUUGGUUAUGUGCAAUGCCGAGAUGCUGCAAUGAAAGCAAGGCAGUGAGUUCGGUGAGCACCAGUCAGAAACACAAUACAGAGGAUAUUUUGUUAACACAAACUCGUACUUUUACAAUUGGAAAUCAGUUGGAGUUAGACGACGAUCCACCCAUUGUUGAAAAGUCGCAUAGAAGAGUACGGUGCGACUUAAGUCCAGUGCCAACAAACACGAGUACUAAUUUGAAUAUAAAACUUUUGAGCAUUAAGGGAGAUAGAAACACUCGUCAAGAUCAUCAGGUGAGCACUGGAUCUGGUGGGUACAAAGAACGGGAGAAAGAAGCUAAAAAGAGAGCAGCUAUAGGCAAUACAGUGCGGGGACUUUUCUCAUCUGGCCACAGCAGGCAGGACAGGUAUGAGACAAAUAGGCAACGUUCUUCAGGCGGAAGUGCCCUGUCAAGUUUAUGUCCAAAGCUGGUGGCCAGUGGAGGUGGUAGUAGCCAGGGUGGGAUUAGUUUGGCAGUGGGACACUUAGCCUCUCAGGAAGGUGGAGGCUCAUGUUCUGUUGUUACUACUCAAAGAAUUCAUAACCACACACAUAAUCAUAAACGCCAAAGAAAAUUGUCUAUUGUUUCACAAGCUGGCACUAGUGCUCAUAAUAGUGGGGACCGAAAAGCAUCAAAUAUAAGUCGUUCCUCUACAACAAUUUGCAAAAAACAAAUACGAACGCAGAGGAGUGAUCAUAGCGGGGAUUCAUUAUCUAUAACAACGAAUGGAGUUGCGAGUAGCUCACCUUCUUCUAAAAAGAAAGUUUUGUCUGCACAGCGUAUUUCUGAAAAAUCGUCAUCUCGGAAUCUCAAUUCACCAUCUUUAGACAAUGAAAAUGAACGCAGCUUUAGCGAUGCAGAAGAAGCUAUUACAGCAACAGAAAAUGUGUUCAGUAUACCAGGAUCGAGUUCUACGCCUUCGACGCCAAUUAAUCGAGUGAAGUCGAAAAAAUCGGAUGAAGAUGAGAAAAGUGUGGAAUGCAGUAUCAGUGAAGAAGGUGCUAAGUCGUCACAGAAUGUAUCAGAUAGGAAAGUAUCAUUAGAUUCUAGCGAGCAAAAAGUUAUAGAAUGUUCUGAAUCUUCUAAAAUUUCAAAUAUAACAAGAAAAAUAUCGGCAAAUAGUAUCGAUGAAGAAACAUCUACGCAAAAUAAACAAAAAGUAUUCUCUACAUCUUCCAUAAGUACGAAAUAUAGCAGCAGCGAGAACAAAACCGCAAAAUCUAAAAAUAAGUAUGUUACAGAAAAAUUAAUCGAGCAGCAAAAUAGUAAAAAUUUAAAAGAGACAACUAUGGAAAAAAGUAUAGAUACGUCUGUAACGUGCACGACUUCAGCAGUUAAUAUUAAAAAUAAUGAUAAAACGAAACGGAAAAUGUCUAGUGAUUCUUCGAAGGCUACUGAUAUCGCGGAAAAGGAAGAUGUGACGAAAGAUUCUGAAGAAAACGUAAACGAGGAUAAAAAGGACACGGAGCAACAUGAGGAAGUGGUGAAAAGUUCAAGGUUUGUGACGUCAAAAGUGUCAGAAGAGAUAGUGGAAACCGAGGGCAAAGAUAUGGAGACACAAAGAGGAGACGAAGAAGAAGAAGUGACGAUAUAUGACGAAGAUGACAAUGGCACCAGUAUCAGCGAUAUUGUUGCUGCACAAGCGCUUCAUGAAUCUCUGAGUAAAUUAGGAAAAGUACCACCUUUAGACACAGAAAUGGAGGAUGUUAAAGACACGGAUACGCAGGAUGAGACGAAAAUGGCGGAUCAUUCUCAGAAGGAAGCAGUCGCGCAGGAAGAAACGGUGGAGGGUUUUAUUGGUCCUCUACUUGAUGAAAAUUUUAAAGCGGACGAAAAAUUAACGCAAAAAACAAUGGCAAUGGAAGAAGUUCAAAGUCUAUUGCAGAAAGUUAAAAUUCAAAACGUCGAAGAUGACGAUGACGAAGAAAAAGCCAUAGGUAUAUCACCGGAUGGCAGAUUUUUAAAAUUUGAGGAAGAAAUCGGCAGAGGCAGCUUUAAGACUGUAUACAGAGGUUUGGAUACUCAAACUGGCGUAGCUGUUGCUUGGUGUGAAUUACAGGAGAAAAAAUUGAAUAAAACUGAAAGACUGAGGUUUCGAGAGGAAGCGGAAAUGUUGAAAGGAUUACAGCAUCCAAAUAUUGUUAGGUUUUAUGACUAUUGGGAAGUUACACUAACACGUAGGAAAUACAUUGUACUAGUCACUGAACUUAUGACUUCAGGAACAUUAAAAACGUACCUACGACGUUUUAAAAAAAUUAACCCGAAAGUAGUGAAGUCUUGGUGCCGGCAAAUUUUGAAAGGCCUUAGCUUUUUACAUUCUAGAUCACCGCCAAUUAUUCACCGUGAUCUGAAGUGCGACAAUAUUUUUAUUACUGGUACCACAGGGAGUGUAAAAAUUGGCGAUUUAGGUCUUGCAACUCUUAAAAAUCGAAGUUUUGCAAAGAGUGUCAUUGGUACGCCUGAAUUCAUGGCACCUGAGAUGUAUGAAGAACAUUACGAUGAAUCUGUUGACGUUUAUGCGUUUGGAAUGUGUAUGCUUGAAAUGGCUACUAGCGAAUAUCCAUAUUCUGAAUGCACUGGGCCAGCGCAAAUAUACAAACGAGUAGUAUCGGGUGUCAAACCACAGAGCUACGAUAAAGUAGAAAAUCCAGAAGUACGCGAAAUCAUAGAAAUGUGUAUUCGGUUAAAAAAAGAAGAACGGCCACUGGUCAAAGAUCUUUUAAAUCAUGAAUUUUUCGCGGAUGACGUUGGAUUAAAAUUAGAAAUGGUUUCGCGAGAUUCGGCUGUAGCAGACGCGGAACUAUCUCGCGUCGAGUUUAGACUCCGGGUACUAGAUCCCAAGAAACGUACCAACAAGCAUAAAGAGAACGAAGCGAUACAAUUUGACUUUGAUAUCCAAGCUGACAACGCGGAAGAGGUAGCCUCGGAAAUGGCUAAAUCUAGCCUCAUACUCGAAGAAGACGUUAAGGCUGUAGCAAAGAUGUUAAAAUCGCAAAUCACUACUUUAUUACGGGAAAGAGAAGAACGUAAAGCCAAAGAAGAAAAAGAACGUCUAGAUAGAGAAGCAGACACCACUAGCACGGCCAAUGAAAAUCUAUUGCAACAACAAUUAUUACUCCAACAAAUGCAAUUACAACAACAACUGCAGUCAAAUAUGGGCAUUCAAAUGCAAGGCCAAGUACAAAUGCAAUUACAACAGAACCAAAUACCUCUUCAGUCGCAACAACAAAUGCAACCUGCUACACAACAAUCUCAGCAACAUAAUUUACAACCUCAACAAGUUCAAUUAGUUCAACAACAACCUUUGAUACAGCAACAAACAUCAGUCGUUCAACCACAGCAAGCUCAGCAAAUGCAACAAGUACCGCAAGUUUCGCAACAGCAAGUACAAUAUCAACAGCAGCAGUAUCAGCAACAAUUACAACAGCAGUACCAGCAACAACAGCAACAAUAUCCUCAGCAUGUUCCGCAGAAUUUAACGGCUACUUCUUCGCAGUGUUCUACUCCUCAGACUGUGCAAACUCAACCACAGUUUCCUCAAGUAACUCAACAAAUACAACAGCAGCAACAUAUGCACCAACAACAGCAAUAUAUACAGCUGAAUCAAAUGAACGUGCAGCAGCAGAUGAGUCACCAAAUACAGUCGCAGAUGCAACCUCAGAUACAAAUUUUAUCUCAACAACAACACGUACAUCAACAGAUUCAACAACCACAACAAGUGCAAUAUCCGCAACCACAAGUACACCAUGUACAACAAGUACACCAACACGCAGUGGGUUCCGCAUCCGUUCAAAAUCAACAAUUCUAUCAACAAAGUACCUCGGGAAAUUCAGGAUACAACCCACAGCCUAUAUACCAACAAAACAUAUCUCAACAAAUAUAUCAUUCGUACACCAGUUCCAAUCCUUCUGGACACGUUGAAAUGUUAUCAUCCAGUCAACCCACAACCCAAAUUUAUCCCCAUGCAAGUAUUCCCGGAAGUUCAGCACCUUCAGCUUCGCAACCUUACAUGCAGCAACAAUCAGGACAAGUUCAAACCUCUGUACCAUCCAACAUUAAUCUUCAAAGUUCAUCAUCUGCGACACUUAUACAAAGUGCAACGACUUCCACUAUUCCAAACAUGCAGAACGCAUCUACAAUUCUUUCAAACAGCGGACACCAAUCGCAAUCCCAACAAAACGUUCUAGUUCAAAUGCAAUAUCCACAAAAUUCCAACGUCCCCACUUCUGUCCCUAUGUCGUCUGGAAUGAGUGUUCCCGUGCAAUCAACGACAACAUCGCAGCAUCAGCAACAUUUCGUUUCAACUACAGAUCAGUGUUCUACUACAGAAAGAUCAUCUUUGCCUAAGCAAGAUACAAUGGAUUCCAUACAGUCUUUGCCACCAGAUGUACCCUCUAAUAUUCAAGAUCCAAUGAAUGCAUCUAAUUCGACUAAUGCGAAUGUUACAUCUCAAUCUACAGCGUCGAGCGACGGAACAACUCAAGAAAAUUCUGAGAACGUCACCUCUGAAAGGUGUAGAAUAAGAAGAUCUGGUACAAAGCGCAAAAAACCUGGUAUUAAAUUGACAGUUUUGUCUGUAAGCAGUGGUGAAGGGCAAUCGGUGACUGUUGAAUGUCAGCUAGACACUAGCAAACAAAAAACUGUGACAUUUAAAUUCGAUAGAGACGACAUGGUACCUACAGAUAUCGCUAACAAUUUGGUUGCCGAAAAUUUAUUACCUCAAUCCCAAUGUGAAACAUUUGUAGAAUUGAUAGAAGAUAUCGUUAAACAAUUACGUUUGGAUCCUACACGGGCUUUACCUUUAGUGGCACAUGGUCCACCGGAUCAAUCAGCCGGUGGUAGUCCAGUUACUAGCCGUCGACCUAGAGAUCGUGACCACAGUCUUGAUACAGCUAAGCAGGUGAGACAUGGCUCGCUAACUCGUCAAAGCAGCCACCGAUCGUCGUACAAAGUCCAUCGUAGACACCGUUCGAGAGACGAAACUUCGAACACCUCUACCCCAACAAAAUUAUUGCCGAUCGAUCAAAUUAUUUCUCACAUUACGAGUGCCUCUACGGAAAAACAGCAAAAUGUCCAAACACCUGACAGCCAAGUGGGUCCUGAAAGUACAUCAGCUGAAGCAUCCAGACGGUCAUCUACCUCCACGCAAAAUACAGACACUUUAACGCCGACUAAUUUACCAAGCGAUCCAACUGAUACUCCAGAAACUGUAGUCCCUAUGAUAAAUGCGGACACAGGUUUCGAAGUAUAUCAGUUGCCCAAGGAUGAUAUUUCUAAGUCUUACCAGAGCUCGACAUCGUACGUUCAAAAUCAAAUACAUGACGCAGCUGGAAAUCAAUCGAGCGAAUUAUCAAAAGAAUCUGUAGUUCAAGAUACAAUUGAACUUCAAGAAAAGGAAGCAAACAAAGAAGCGCAAUCCGACCCCACAUCUACGGAAGUGGCUGCACUGACUGCACCACCUCCGAUGCGAAAAAUUUCUCGCUUCUUAGUCAGUCCUGUAAUCGAACAGAAGGUUCUUGGAAAUGAAGAAGAAUCAGUUACAACUGCAGACAAUACAGAUAAACCUAAUGUUUUGGCAACGCAACCGAGUUUAUUAACACAGUCCAGUGUAGCUGACGAAGGACAAUUAAAGCACGACGAUUCGGAAGUAAAUAUUUUAGAAACGCAAGCUGCACCCAUUCCUGAAAAGUCGAACGUUGAAACGAUUAUACAGAAUGUACAAUAUGUCGGGGAACAAGUAGAUAAUGCUCAACCUUUGCAAACAGGACAACAAACGGUUGGUAUUCAAAGUACUGUGCAAGGACAAACGAUGCAGCCUAUGCCACAGAUUCAGCAAAAUAUUAAUGCUAUGCAAUCUAGUCCACAUAGUGUAAUUAUACCAGCAUCAACGAUAACGCAUCAAUCAUCUCAACAAAUACAACCCGCUCCUCAAAACAUCGUGGUUGCAUCGCAGAAAGAUUUGCAACCUCAAGUUUCUUCGAACAGCGUCAAUUUACAGGGACAGUAUCAGAAUCAGCCUAUGCAGUCUAAUGUUUUAUUGCAACAGCAACAAAUUACUGUGCAACAUAAUUUAACGCAAAUGCAUAUUCAACCUGAGCAUCAGCAUCAAGGACAAAUGCAAGCUCAACGACCGUUGCAGCAAUUCCAGUCUCAACAAAUACCGCAGCAACAUCAACAAUAUGUAAUACUUUCCGGGCCGAUACAACAGUUGCAACCAACUGCGAUUGUAGACGAAAGAAACCGCAGGAUUUCUAAUAUUUCUACAACGUCGAAUUUAUCUACGGAUUCGCAAAUGUCAGAAACGGCUAAUCUUACAGAUGACAAAAAACAAUCAAUGGUUGCACCUAGUACAUCUAUGCAUUCUGUGCAGCAACAUGUUCAACUACUUCCGCAAGAGGGGUCAAAUAUUACACCUCUUUCUCAGACUGUUUUAGAGCCAGUUCAACAACUUCAAGCAGCUCCUCAAAAUCUAACGAAUGUUCCGACGAACACAUCUGCUCCUGUUUCAGUUCCUGCUCACCAAGUCCCUGCAGAAGUUGCUCCAAAAGUUGCACUAAAAACGAAAGAAGUGUCAUCAACACUUCCAGACUUAGCACAAAAUUUGGCGAAUAUACUUUCAAAUCCUAAAUCAAAAUCUACAACGCCUCAUUGCUUGACUAGCCACGAACAAACGCCGAUUCCAAACGUUGCAACAGCUACAGUACUCGAAUAUAAGCCUACUCUUCAAUCUGAACAGUAUUUUCAACCUAUUCAACCCGAAGCAAGUCAAAUGCAAAUGCCAUCGCAAUUACAACAUAAUUAUCAAACAAAUAUAGCGCAGCAAGGAAUUUCACAAACGUUUCAAAUUACUCAGCAGUCUCAUCAAACACAAAUACCUUCGCAACAAACAAUGCAGUUGAAUGCAGCUCAACAAAUGGAUCCACAGUUGCAAAUGUCGCAACAAGCUUUUCAAGGAAUAGCGGUUCAAGCGUUAUCCUUGCAAGGGAAGUGGGUUCCUGCCACAAAUCAAACUAUUAUGCAACAGACUGUACCAAUAAGACUUACUCAACAAACUGUACCACCAUUGCUACAAACUGUCCCUACACAACAACAAAUUAUACAAGAUACACAACAUUUAGAAAGUUUUCCUACACCUGAUCAGUCUCAAUUACAUUUAAAACUCCCAGAUCAACAACUCUUGGGAAAAACAACGGAAGCUGAAAAUCAAGAUUUAACUAACUCUACUGGGCGCAUUAGUACAGAAUAUCAUCUACUAUCGGAAACCGAGAAUUCUAGCCACGACGUAACUCCUGAACACACGAUCGUUGAAUCUGUAGAUUCAGGAUUAUUUACGCAAAACCAGAUAUUACAGCAACAUCAGCAGCAGCAACAUCGGAAACUUAGUCAACAAAAUUCUUUAGACAAAGUCUCAGAUGCAACUAUUGGGACAACUGGUCCAGGUGGGACAGGUCCACAGACGAUAGCGGAUCUCCACCAAAAACUUGUGCAGCUAACAAAUCAACCGUCCGAAGCACUUAAUGUGGGCACACCACCUAUAAGUUAUCCAGCCACCCCUCAUAAUCAUCAAAUAAUAGGAGGAUACGAUGCAUAUAUGCAUUCUUUGCAGCAGAAGCUUGUUAACAUUGGUAUGCCAAUCUCAACUACGCAUGGAAUUGGACCUUUAUCGCCUCAGACAACAAUACAUUCUUCAACUUCCUUAGCCGAUUCAAAUGUUACAACAAAUGUUGAAAACUCCGUUUUAGGCCAUGAAACCUCCAUUCAUCAACUUGCACUGUCUCAAACCCAUGUAGAUUGCUCCCUCGAUAGUCCAACGCCGGGAGUAGGUCCUUCGGGAUCGGAAACCAUGAGUCCUAGUAAAGAGAGUAUAAAAGUUCGAACGCAGAGGCCUGGUUCUCGUCUCCAGGAACUAGAACAGGAAUUAGCAAAGAUUCAUCACAGAGGCUCGAUUCUCUCAACAGCUUCUCCACAACCUUUGACGCCGCCCGUCUCUGCUAUUACUUCUACUCAAAUGCAGCCAUCGUUGCAGUCUACUCAAAAUUUAUUAACCACUAUUCCACCCGUAACGACUGUACUUGUUGCCAGUGUUACCCACAGUGUCGUCACCUGCCGCUCCGACACGAACACCCCCGUGCUAACAGAAUCUCAGGAUAAUGCUUCUGAGAAGGUUAGUACAACUCAACCUGUUAGAAAAAUAUCAAGAUUCGUGGUUUCCAAGGUCGCAGGUCCUCCAAGCAAUGCUGCCACAUCAACUCAACAACACCACACCGAGGAUUCAAAGACUUAUCACGCGGAGGACGCACAGGGUACAUUGGUACAAGUAGUUCAUAGUCGCGAAGGUUCUAUUCCACCCACGCAACCUACUCAACCCAUUAAUGCUCCUUUAGAACCAAUGGAAAAAGAUGAAAGAUUUUGGACAUUGACGCCGAGCGAAGAAUAUCAAUUGCUCAUAAAAAAGCAAACAAUGGAAUUGGAGACAUUGCAGAGAAGACACAGGGAAGAAUUGGAACGUUUCCAACAACAUCAAUUACAAUUACUGAUUCAGCAGCAACAACAAGCAAGUGCACUUCAUCAGCAUCAUCAUCAACACCAUCCGGUACUUUAUCACACCGUCGCGACUAGUCUGGCGGGACAAACUAGACUUCCAGGUACAGAAGACUAUUUAAUGUUUAAUACAACGCCUCAAACUCCAUUGCAAAAAGCAUCAAGUAAUUAUCCAGACACCGAUGAAACGUUACGAUUAGCUAUGCAAAAAUUAAAGCAAACUCCUUUGCAACUACAACCGCAGCAGGCGACAGCUGGAAUACCACACGCUUACGUUAUUCCAAUUCCAGUAGUGCCUUCUGAAACUAUGCAAAAUAUGCCCUCGCAGCAAUCCAGUAGUUAUACAAGUGAAGUAGGAGAAUCGUUUGAUUCAACGCAUAAUUCGGCAAUUAUAAAUUCAGCUCAAUAUCAGUUCGCACCUAUUAUACCGGAUGGAACGAAUAUUGCGGUGUCCUCCACUGGAUCAUUAGUCACGCCUAUUCCAAUAUCGAGUUCGACGGGAAGCGGGGGUUACAUCCAAUAUCACGAGAACCAACCAGUACCAAACUUUCAAACUUUUAGCUGUACACCACACGGCGGUUUCUUUUUACCAGCUGGCUAUCGACUAAUAUACGCUCCACAGGGGGCGUCUCAGUCUCAACCAGCUACGCCAGCCACUCCGCACAUAGGAAAUUCUCACGACGGUACACCGCCAGCAGAACCGUUACAUACGAAUACUGAUAAUUCAACUGCUCCUCCUUCUCAUACCGAUCAAUAACGUAACUUUCAGCAAACUAUAUUCUACUAUUUUGAAUUUAUUCGUUCUCGUAAUACAUUCUUAACUUAACUUGUUGCCCUUAUCCACUAGGUAUGAGAUCAUACAUUAUCAUUACAAUUGUUAUCCUAAUAUAGUUUUGCUAAUACGUAUAUUGCUACCCUCGUUCUCGCGGGUGUGUAUGCAGGGAAGAAGCGAAUGAAAGUAUUUAGGAUGUAUAUUCGAUAUUGUAACAUCCACGCGUUAAUCGCUAAAAUAUUUUCGCUGUAUAACCGCGCGAGCAUUAUAUUAACAUUUGAUAUGUGCCUCGCAGCAGACAAAAAAAAAUCAAUUCAUACGCGGAGAAUAUUUUGAACGAACGAAUUAAAUUUCUGAACGAGAAAAAGAUAAUGAAGAAUGAAUUUACAUUAGAGGCCUUUACAUGUACUGUGCUUAUAAUAGUUGAAUAUCCUUGUUUAGUAAAAAUGCUUAUCGAAAAACUUAUUCUGCUCUGAAUUCUUUAAUAGCACAGUCUACAUUAGUACAGGCCUCAGCUAGUCUUACGACCGAAAUGGCUCACAGCCAUUCUGCUCGAUGUAUAUGUAUAACUGUUAAUGUAUACUGGAUGCUUUGAAGAAAGAAUGUAUGUUCAUGUGUGUAUGUAUAUGACUGCAGGAGUCAGAUGGAGAAAAAUAUGAUUAAUAUAGUCACUGUUAUGCUUUAAUGUAUUUCUAGCGAUUUUACCUACUUCUAUUAAAAAAGUCAUGUGUUACUA